AUGGAGCACCAUGUCAAAGGAGGUGGAAAUUACAACCAAAGUGAAGAAGAAUUAAUGGAGCUCCGCCGAGGUCCAUGGACCGCCGAUGAAGACUUCACCCUUAUCAACUAUAUCGCCCACCACGGGGAAGGUCGCUGGAACUCCCUCGCCACCUGCGCCGGUCUAAGGAGAACUGGAAAGAGCUGCAGAUUGAGAUGGCUAAAUUAUUUACACCCCAACGUUCGACGUGGAAAUAUUACUCUUGAAGAACAAGUUUUGAUUCUUGAACUCCAUUCUAGAUGGGGUAAUAGGUGGUCCAAAAUUGCUCAACAUUUGCCUGGUAGAACUGAUAAUGAGAUCAAGAAUUAUUGGAGAACCCGAGUCCAAAAACAUGCUAAACAGCUCAAAUGUGACGUGAACAGCAAGCAAUUUAAGGACGCCUUGCGUUAUCUUUGGAUGCCACGAUUGGUUGAGAGAAUUCAGGCGGGCGCCGCCCCGACUGGGUCGACGGCAGGGACUUCCUCUACUACCACUACCACCACCAAUAACUCCGGUACCACCACCGUCUCUAAUUACCAUCUCAACAAAACUAAUCUUGAUAUGGGCCCAAGCCAAAUGGUGCUGCCACAGCCUAACAUGGCUGGCUACUUUAGUGGUGGCGUUCAGAUUAACCCUAGCAACUACACGCCGGAAACUUCCUGCAACGCCGCCUCAUCAGACUCAUUUGGAGCACAAGUUUCUCCAGUUUCAGACCUGACGGAUUGUUUCAAUUAUCCAGUCAAUCACCACAAUAACCAAGAUUAUUUUCCACCUAACGAGCUACCCUAUGGAGAAUCUUUCAAUCAAGGGUUAGAUUUCAACGACAGCAAUUGGAAGUACAGUGAGGAUUUCUGGAAUGUGGAUGACGACAUUUGGAAGCUCUUACAAUAG